GAGGAAGCAGGGAGCGGAUAACCACACGACGGGGUUUGCGUUUGUCACGGUGGCAGCGUCGAAACGGAAUAUCUCGAGCGGAACCGUACUGUGACCUUUAUGUGAGGUCUAAGCCCUAAAGGAGCGGGUCAUAGACGGGAGGAGAGACUCGGAGGAAAGCAUCUGGCUACGGAAGCCUGGAUACGUGUUUUUAUUUUUUAUUCAACCCCCUGAAACGCAACUACAGCCAAGCAGUUUCCCAACAACAACCAUGGAGGCCAUUGCCAAAUACGAUUUCAAAGCUACUGCUGAUGAUGAGCUUAGUUUCAAGCGUGGAGAAGUCCUUAAGGUAUUAAAUGAAGAGUGUGAUCAGAACUGGUACAAGGCAGAGCUAAAUGGAAAAGAUGGCUUCAUUCCCAAGAAUUACAUAGAGAUGAAAGCCCAUCCGUGGUUUUUCGGGAAGAUCCCCCGGGCCAAAGCAGAGGAGAUGCUAAACAAACAGAGGCACGACGGGGCCUUCCUCAUCAGAGAGAGCGAGAGUGCACCAGGAGACUUCUCCCUCUCUGUGAAGUUCGGAAAUGACGUCCAGCACUUCAAGGUUCUUCGCGAUGGAGCUGGAAAGUAUUUCCUAUGGGUGGUGAAGUUUAACUCCCUCAACGAGCUGGUGGAUUAUCACCGCUCCACCUCAGUCUCUCGCAAUCAGCAAAUCUUCCUGCGAGACAUAGAGCAGGUCCCCCAGCAUCCCACAUACGUGCAGGCGCUCUUUGACUUCGACCCCCAGGAGGACGGCGAGCUGGGUUUCCGACGCGGAGACUUCAUCCAAGUCCUGGACAACUCUGACCCCAACUGGUGGAAAGGAGGCUGCCACGGCCAAACGGGCAUGUUCCCCCGCAACUACGUCACGCCUGUCAAUCGGAACAUGUAAACAGUCAGACCAUGUAAACAACAACAACAACAGCAACCAUCACCACCACCACCAUCAUCAUGAUCUCAUCAGCCCCCAUCCAAACCCAAACACCCCUCCACCCCUCUUCGCCAUCCCACGAUAACAGGAGCAGACAGGAAGAACGCAAACAAGAGAGAUAAAGCAGGAGUAGUGCCGUCGUAGGCGUCGCUGUGUGGGUGGCAGCUGAGCAAAAAAAAAAAAAAAAAAAUCAACUUUUACUCGCGCUGAGAACGUUCACCCUCCCCAGUGAGCGCCUCGGCGAGGACUGAACUGUCUUUGAGGGAAAUCUAAACGCAGAGAAACUAAAGAGUUAGUGCACCGACCGUGAAGAUAACCAAACGAUUCUCCCGCUCCCACAGCCGCUUCUGUCUUCUCCUUAACUUCUUAACAUUCUGCCUUUCUUUUGUGUUUUUUUUUUCCUUUGCCGCAUGUUGUUUUAAUCACCUAAAUGAAAUGCCUACCGAUAACUCUGUUUUAAAGAAGAAAAAAAAUCUAUAAAAAAGAAGAAAUGGUUUUAAAAUGUGCAAAAAAAAAACAAACAAAAGAUGCAAUCUACAGUACAGCAAGUUUCCAUGUCUAAGAUCAUUGGCACGUGAGCAUUGUACAUCAGCCGCCGGCUGUAUAAAUAAAUCAACUAUAGAGAGAAUCCAUUUUUUAAGAAUAUAUA